AUGAAAGGUCUUGAAAUGGUCGAUGAGGAUAAGAUCGACACAGAGGCUUUGCAGGCUCAAAUUGAUCUUUCCAUGUCUUUUACUCAGACUCUUGUGUCGUCUUGGCUCAAACCCCAAAAGGCAUCGACGUCUUCGCGCAAGAGAAAUUUUGAGGCGGAACUCAGAGACUAUAUGCACCGUCCCCCUAGGCUGGGUGUUGGUGCACCAAUACCGGAUACACAAGCCGGUUCCCGAGAGAUUGCUCGUCUCAGAGGCCAGUUGGCCGGAAAAAAACGCGGGAGGGAUGGGGACGUAGAUCAUUCAAGCCCGCAGGGUUCCGAUGUUGAGGAGGAGAGUAGAACGGGAGCGAUCAAGCACAAGAUCAGGGAAGACCCAUUCGACGUUGUACACGGGAAAAAGAAAAAGAAAACAAAUGGCAAGGUGAAUGGCGUAAUGACGCCUUCACCAGCUCCUGUUGUUACCUUAGAAUCUUCGCAGCCAGAAACAGAGGAAACGAUCCCAAAUCAAGCCAAUGAAAUAGCUGGCGAACCCGAACCAAUACAUGAUGUCACUCCACCGAAAUCCGGCGCAAAAAAACCACAGCACAGCACCCCCCAGGAGGGGGGCUUCAACCUUAAAAUGAUUUCCUCGUCCACCACCCCACCAAGCUCAAGCUCAAAUCUUUCCAACCAAUUGAAACCGUCUAGCACUCCAAUUUCACGGCUGGCCAUAACUGAACCCGUGCUUUCCAAGUUCUCAACAAUACCAGCCCCCACGUCCCGUGUGGACCUUCCCCCACAGCUUCUCAACGAAUCGUUGUUAAAUCUAAAACCUCUGCUCAGCGAAGCCGAGUCAGACGACGCCUUACCCGCAACAUCUUCUACGAGUCCGAGAAAAAAAAGAAAAAGGAGAAAAAAGAAGAACCCUUUGCACGAUAAUUCUCCUUCUGUCACAAAUACUGUAUCCUGA